CGACGAAAGUGUUGAGUGACGUUUGAGGUUGCCACAAUCAUGUAUUUUUAGACAUCCUGAGAUAAAGAAAGUGCCUCAAGUGCCACAACAAAAAGGUUCUAUGGAUAAAGUGAAUUAAAAGUUUUUUUACUACUUAAAAACAUUCGAAUUUAGUUCUAUUAUUUAAUUCAAUAUGAGAUUAAAAACGGACUCUGCUUCAUGUUAACUUAUUUGUUGACUGCCCCAAAAACAGAGACUAAUAUGAUUGUUUUUCCUUGUCAAGUGACGUUUCUAACAACUUACUAAGAAUUUCAUUAAAAUGUUUCAAAGAUGUAGUGAAUAGGUAACCAUGCGUAGAAAACCGCUGCCGUCGGUCCGUGAAGAAAAUUCGAACCCAAAGACCUGGCGAAGUAUCUGUGAGAGUGACUGGGCUGUGUACACAAUAGUUGCCUCUGUGGGCGCACUAACUUACGCCAAUAGCCUGCACGGCGAGUUCGUGCACGACGACAUCCCAGCAAUCGUGAGCAACGGUGAUGUGACUGGUGCCAACCCGCUACUGCAAGUCUUCAGGAAUGACUUCUGGGGCACGCCCAUGUCAGAGCCUAGCAGUCACAAGUCCUACCGACCGCUAACUACGCUCACGUUCCGGUUAAACUAUUUGUUGUGCGGGUUUUCUGUGUGGUGGUGGCACUUGGGUAACGUGUGCUUGCACGCGGCAUGCUGCGCGCUGGUAGCCCGCGCCGGCGCCGUCGUCGCACGUCUGCAGCGGCCCUUCGCCGCUCUCGCCGCCCUGCUAUUUGCUGUGCAUCCUAUACAUACUGAAGCUGUGUCCGGUGUGGUCGGCCGCGCAGACGUGUUAGCCUGUGUCUUGUUUCUUUCUUCUCUACUUGUUUACCAUGGGUCGAGCCGACAACGCGUGUGGGCCAGCGCGGGACUUGCAGCGCUCAGCAUGCUGGCCAAGGAGACCGGCCUCACCGCUUUGCUUUUCAACAUCCUCUUCGACAUCUUCCGCUGCUGGGGGACCAUCACGAGAUGUGGGCUAGGUCGGUGUCGCUGGCGGGGCGAGGGGCAGGGCGAAGGCAUUCGGGGACGAGUGGCGCGGGCGGCGGGGGUGCUAGCGGUGGCGGCGGCGCUUCGGCUAUGCGUGUUGCACGGCGCGUUGCCUGCAUUCUCGCCGCAAGACAACCCGCCCGCCUUUCAUCCUUCCUUCCUAGUCAGGUUGAUGACAUUCAGCUACCUGGCGGCUUUCAACUGGUGGCUGGUGCUGUGCCCAUGGUCACUCAGCCACGACUGGCAACUGGGUUCGGUGCCGCUCGUGACCAGCAUAACUGACCCGCGCAAUGCGGUCACCCUGCUCGCUCUGGCCUCGCUCGUCGCGUUGUUUUAUUGCGCUCUAACAGAUAUCGAGGCGCAGCGGCGCACACCGGCAGCAGCGGGCUUGCUGCUGCUGGUGCUGCCCUACCUGCCGGCCUCCAACCUGCUCGUCACCGUCGGCUUCGUCGUCGCCGAGAGAGUGCUCUACAUUCCGAGUAUCGGCUCUAUAAUAAUAACGGCGUACGGGCUGCAAGUCCUGUGGCGGCGCUUCGGGCGUGCGCGGCGGCUGCUUGCACUAGGCGCGGCCGUGCUGGUGGCUAGCGGCGCCGCGCGCACGCAGUUACGCAAUUGUGACUGGCGCACCAGGGAGACGCUGCUUAGAGCAGACCUAUCGGUGUUGCCGCACAAUGCCAAACUACAUUAUAAUUUCGCGAACUUUCUCAAAGAUAUCGAGCAACAAGAGAGCGCCAUCAAACAUUACAAAGAAGCAUUGAAGCUGUGGCCGAGCUACGCGAGCGCGCACAAUAACCUGGGAACACUUGUGGUUGCGUCCGGCCGCGCCGAGUACCACUUCAUGCAGGCGCUCAAGUACAACCGUCACCACCUCAACGCGCACUAUAACCUCGCCAAGCUUUACAGGAAAAAGAAUAGAAUAAGUGACUCCUUGAAAAUGCUAGAGAGAUGCAUAGAACUGGAGCCCAGGUUCGUGCAGGCUUACCUUGAGCUGCUGCUGGUCACCCCGCUAGCAGAUAAGAGAGGAAUACUGGACAAGCUGCUGGAGCUGGAGCCCAGAAACUGGGAACAUCACCACAUGUAUGGCAACUGGUUAAAAGAGCGAGGUCUGUGGCCACUGGCUCUGCAGUACUAUAUGUCUUCGUUGCGGCUGUCGGUGAGUGCCGCGCCCUCCGUGCCCGCUGUGCCCGGCGCACGUCCCCGGCCCGGCGCACCUCCAGCGCCCGCCACGCCGCCAUCGCUGCGCUCCGCCUGCCUGUUGCUACGCAGCGCUGGCCAACACGCGCGUAUUUUGCAGCUCAUUGACAGAUGGGUGAGCUUGCGCAGCGACGAGGCGUCGAUGGCGCGGCGCUGGGCGCUGGCACGCGCUUGGCGGCUGCGCACCGAGCUCGCUGGCCGCGCCGCCAAGUACGCGCGCUCGCCUACGGUGAAACCCACUUGCCUACAUCACAGCAAACUUGAAGUAUUAGAAAGCUCGCACAAGUUUAACGGCAUCAGAGAUGACUCGAGCACUUUUCUGUACAAACAUGACAUAAAUAGUGUUAAACAUAGGGAAGAGGAGGGCAAAACGUCUGCAGUGAACAGCUGCCAAAGAAAUUUAUUGAAUGAUAACAAAAAGGAUGUGGCAGUCUCCGCACAGUACAAACCGAUACACAACAAAUCAGAGACAAACCACAAGCACAAAAGUUGUCGCCUUCAUAAAAAGAAGAAAAUUAAAGAACCCGCAUCAUUCGCUCCUUUUGUGUCGGACCAUUUUAUAAAGACUUAUUAG